AUGGGAGGAAUUGUGGAGCAGGGAACACUAUCAGGACACAGAUGUCAACAUAGUCGUUUAGAAAUGUGUGCAAAUGUGGAACAAAGAGACAUUGGUGUUUUGACGGAUCUGAUGAAUUCCUCCGUUAACCAGUCCAAUGAUAUGCCUCCGGGUUCUCCAGUCCUGGAAAUAGCACCGGGUUGGCUGACUAUUUGUGUCCUGGUCAUCAGUGGAGGGACCCUAAUAGUAAAUAUCCCAGCUGCUGCUUUGGUCAUUUUUGCCAAACAGAAAUUCCCGCACUUUCGGAGUAGUCACCUUUUCUCACUGAGUCUCACCGAUACAUUUGUUGGUAUUUCGUUGAUCCCGAUAUUGUUGACCUAUGUCUUUCCUGGCCACAGAAUCUCCUACUGGGGAUGUAAUGCGGUAUUCCUGUUUUUUGCAAUGUCACACUGUAAUUCGAAGACGCAAGUUACUGUAAUCUGUUUUGAUAGAUUGUUACUACUGAUCAGGCCAGAUUGGAAAUACGUAGGCAAUUAUCAGAAUCGAAUGCUUGCAAUAAACAUAGUAACUUUGGUAGUCAUUUGUAGUAUAAUGACACUGCCGUUUUGGAUAUUUGCCAAACCAGGUGAUCAUGACUUUAAAUGUGAACUGGACAAUUUAUUUCUUGAGGACAUCACCAGCUUCUGCCUCUAUACAGGGACAGUCGCGUUUGUCGUUCACACGCUUAUUGUGGGAGUUUGUUUUGCAAUGAUUAAAAUUCUGCAGAAAAGACUUCGUGCAUUCCAGAAAAUACAGCCUCAACAAGACCCGGAUAGUAUUACAUCAGCAGGCCGAGACGAGCGUCGACAAAGGAUGCGAAAAGAGGAAGCAUUGAGGCUAGAGACUCGAGGUAUUGUCACCAUUCUAAGCAUUGCGGCCAUCUACACUGUCUGUGUUACUCCUCUAAACCUCGGACUGUUAGCCCAAGGUCUCGGACUCAUUUCAAAGGUCAAACGAACAACACGCCACGUACUUAUAACAUUCAGCUGUUUGAACUCGGCAAUCAAUCCCCUGGUGUAUUGUUUUAGGGUACCGCAUGUUAGGCGAGCUGUGCAAAUUCUUCUGCAGAAAAUGUAA